GGAUACACUAAAAAUUCAAAACAGAAGCUAGAAUAAGAUUUCUCUCGAGUUUCCCAUUCUCUCCAUCUUUGUUGAUUAGGCCUCCCGCGAAAUCAUGGUAGUGGCGCCCCAAACUUCGCGAACUUUCCUACUUCACACCUUUCUUAUUUAGUUCGCGAACCACCACCCAUUUAACGAACGUUAGAUUUCUCCGCGAACCCUCGCUAUCUUUUUCUCCAUCCUGCCGAACAUAACCCGAUAAGACACCUCACCUUUCCUUCACUGACGACCCCACUAACACUAACACUACACCUAUGGACUACAUAAAAGUCACCCAGGUGCUGGAUGUGACGCUCUACCGUAAGGGCUUCUCGGUGCGCGGGACGAUCCACCUCACCACCAACCACCUCAUUUUCACGCUCCCGACGGAGCCGUCCGCGCGUCCCAAGGAGAUGUGGAUCUGUUAUCCCAUCAUAGAACGGAUCGACAAGUCUCUCGGGUCCGCGCUUCUCGAGGUGUCAAGCGUGCAGAAUCAGUUCAACCAGCCGGCGUGCGACUCGCGGCUGGCGUCGCCGGAGCUCUCCGCGCGGCUCUAUCGCGGUGCGAACAUCCGUCUCCGCUGCAAGGACUUCACGUACUACUCGCUUGACUUUGACUCUGAACCCGUAUGCCAGGCCGUGUACGAGACGCUUGUAAAGCUCGUCGCAUGCAGGGAGGAAAAAUUGUACGCGUUUUUGUACGCGCCGGUGGUGGCGGAGCGACAGCACAACGGCUGGAUGGAGUUUGAUAUUGCGCGCGACUUUGCGCGCCAGGGCGCAUACGCUGCAUGGCGUGAGACAGAGAUCAACGUACGCUACGAGUUCUGUCCCACGUAUCCCGCGAUGUUCCUCGUGCCGCGCGCGAUCAGCGACCUGGUAUUAAAGCACUGUGGGAAAUUCCGCUCCAAGGGCCGCAUACCUGCAUUGUCGUACUACCACCGCAACGGCUGUGUCGUUACGCGGUGCGCGCAACCGCUAGUCGGUCUCAAGAAACAGCGCUCCAUCCAGGACGAGCGGCUUGUGGCGGAGAUCUUUGGCGACCGCCCCCAGAACUUGAUCGUGGACUUGCGCCCACUUGCAAAUGCCAUGGCGCAGACCGCGUUGGGCGCGGGCACGGAAAAUGUCGACAACUACGGCGCCACGCGUGCAACCCGCAUCUUCCUCAACAUCGACAACAUUCACGUGAUGCGUGACACGCUUGCGCGCGUGGUGGAGGCGUUGAAAAAUGGCGACGUCAGCGCUACGCCAGUCAACGCCGAGCUCUUAGGGCGCCUGACCUGGCUCAAACACACAUCAAUUGUGCUUGCGGGCGUCGACCGCCUUGCCAAAUCUAUCCAUCUCAAUGCCAUGAAUAUGCUUGUGCACUGCUCGGACGGCUGGGACCGCACGGCACAGGUGUGCUCGUUACUCCAGUUGUGCCUUGACCCACACUACCGCACGCUUCGAGGGUUUAUGUUGCUCGUGGAGAAGGAGUGGUGCGCAUUCGGACACCAGUUUGCAGAGCGGAGCGACCACGUGGGCGCGCAACUCGUCACAAGUCUGGGCGCGUCACGCGCGACCAGCUUCUUCUCCAAAUUCAAGGUCCUUCAGGGUUCCAACUUCAAGUCGCCUACCUUUCACCAGUUUUUAGACUGCGUGUACCAGAUGGCACGCCAGCAUCCCACCGCGUUCGAGUUCAACGAGCGUUUCCUUCGCCGCUUGCUCUACCACGUGUACUCCUGUCAGUAUGGCACGUUUCUCGUGAACAACGAGCGUCAAAAGGUGGAACAGCGGUUGGAGGAACGAACCCGUUCCGUGUGGGACUACUUCACGUGCCGUCUUCCGGAAUUCACCAACCCGCAGUAUACAGCCAACCCAGACGUGAUCUAUCCGAACUGCAAGGACGUGAAGUGGUGGUUUGAAUUGUUUGGCAGGACUGAUGCCGAGAUGAAUGUGGAGGUUAAGGAGAGCAAAAGUCCUGCGAGUCCCAGUGUCUAUGUUCCGGAGACUAAAAAUGAAGGGGCGGUUAAAGAAAGUGUUUCUGCGUUGGAGCUUGACCAAGCGGACGGACCAAAGGAGAUUGAAUUGAAGGAGGUUGAGCUACAGGGAGAGGCUAACGUGGAGAGUGAGAUGAACAGCGCUGGAUCUGGAGAGCAAGAAGGGAACACGGGAGAGAAAGCCCCAAAGCUAGAUAGGGGCAAUCCGGAGCUUAUAGACUCCAAUCCAUGGAAUGGAGCCUGUAAGUUCAAUAAUCCUGAUAAAGGGGUUAAGGCUGAGACAGACAAGAGAACAACCUUAGAGGAUGAAACAGUGAAUGAGCGGCCAAAAAUAGAGCAAGUGAGCGCUCUGCCAGAGGAUAUAGAGUAUGAGCCAGCGCUGGAGGAAGCCACGGUCAUAUCCAUGUGUGCGCUCUCAAUUACCACCAAAAACCUAGAUUUGGAGCUCUCUUCGAUGACUCCGGUGGCGAGUGAUGAUCAUCCGUUGGCCGGCACCAGCUAACUAGGAGUUGCACGGUGUAACGUUAACGAAUAUUAUAUAGUAGAGCUAUGUAGCUUGCAUAGAAAAUCGGGGGAUUAUAGUUCAGAGCAUGCCUUUCAUUUUAUCAUAACCAGAGAGUCGAAUAGAUCCUGGUGAAGCAAAAGCGGCAGCUUCCCUUUUUGCUGUUUGUAAAUACCAAUAAGUUGUAGUCCAACCUCCCUCCGUUUUGGACUUGAGGUGAAACCG